CUUCUUCUCAUCUGGCCAAGUUUGACACCUCUGCCCUUAAGUCGUAUCUUAUUUUGAAAGGGCUUCCCCCCAACACGGGAAGUGUUGUUUCCAGCUUGACGCACAAAAUCAAACCAGAGCUUUGGCUUCUAAACGUCGACUGGUUUCUUCUUCUCCUCCUGCUGCUGCUGCUGUUGUUGCUGUUCGUGUCUCUGCGUCUCCUUUGGACACUUUUUCCUUUUUUUUUUGUCUCAUAUUCUGAUCCCACCGGACUCCACGGGCCGAUUUUGUGGAUUCGUUCGUUCGUCUUCGGCUCCCAGAGGAACUUGCCAUGAGCAUCGUGCGUCUGGAGACCUAGACCUCCGGGUGUGGAAGUGAGGGGGGGAAGAUGCCUCAUGGACCGCUCCGUCGCCGCCGCCAGUGCGCCAGUUCAGGGCAUCCCGAGCGCAGAAUAACAGAGAAAUGCCGCGGUUCAGCGCCAGAUGGAUGGUGGCGGUGCUGCUGAUCGCCAUGGUCGGCGGCGCCUUCUUCUUCUGCGAGUAUCUCAUCUACUUCCCGACGAUCCUCAAGUGCGCCUGGCCGCAGAUCAGCCACGGCCGGGCCGGAGAGGACGUCGCCGACGCCCGGCCAGGGGAGUCCGCGGUCCGGGCUAUGGUGCUCUCCGACACGCACCUCCUGGGAGCCGUGGGGGGACACUGGUUCGACAAGCUCAGGAGGGAAUGGCAGAUGGAGAGGGCUUUCCAGACCGCGCUCUGGCUCCUCAGGCCCGAAAUAGUGUUUAUUCUCGGGGACAUCUUCGACGAAGGCAAGUGGAGCUCACAGAAGCACUGGGAGGACGACGUGCGCCGCUUCCACAGGAUGUUCAGACACUCCACCGACACAGAACUGGUCGUACUGGUUGGAAAUCACGACAUCGGUUUCCAUUACGAGAUGGACUGGUUCAAGCUGCAGCGCUUCGAGAAGGUCUUCAACGCCUCCUCCACCAGGGUCGUCACCAAGAAGGGAGUCAACUUCCUGCUGGUGAACAGCGUGGCCCUGCACGGUGACGGGUGUCCCAUCUGCCAGUCGGUGGAGAAGGAGCUGAUCAAGCUCUCCAGAGACCUCAACUGUUCGCUUCAGAGCUCUCAGCCCAGCGCUGGCGGCGGCGGCGGCAGCAGUGGGCCGAUGGACGGCUGUGAGGGCUCGCAGCUCUAUCCUCCGACGCCCCCCAUCAUGCUGCAGCACUACCCUCUGUACAGAGUGAGCGAUGCCAGCUGCACAGGGCAGGACGCCGCGCCGCCUGAAGAGCGACACCUGCUGUUCAGAGAGAAGUACGACGUCCUGUCUAAGGAGGCCUCGCAGAGGCUGCUGCAGUGGUUUAAGCCCCGCCUCAUCCUGAGCGGACACACCCACAGCGGAUGUGAGGUUCUCCAUGACAACAAGUACCCGGAGAUCAGCGUGCCGUCCUUCAGCUGGAGGAACAGGAACAACCCGAGCUUCAUCCUGGCGUCGGUGUCGCCCAGCAGCUACGCUCUGUCCAAGUGUUUCCUUCCCGAGGAGAGCACGGUGAUCGGCGUCUACUGCUCGGCCGGCGCCUGCCUGCUGCUGCUCUUCCUCGCCCACUGCCUGUGGAUGAAAGGCCUGCUGCAGUGCCUCAGCCUCUGUCUGCUGGGGAAGCACAAGUCCCUGUGAAAAACCGCGUUACCCAGAGUGCACCGCGCUCGACGUGGGCUGGUGAAUACUUGACGUGUGGAGGUUGGCAGCCAAAAUAUUCCUCGUCUGAGCCGGCCAAAAAACGUGGUGAUCCAAAUGCUUUUAAGGCACUGUGAAGGACACGAGUAUAUAUUUUAAAUGACUUGAUGUUUAACACUGAUGGUGAUGAUGGUGGUGGUGGGUUUUUAGCCUGUGAUGAGGGUCAAAUCAAUGUUUUAACUUCCUUUUAAUAGGUGGAAAAUAAGAUGCAUCAGGAAGUUUUCAAUCACAUAAUUUUACAACUGUGGGAAUUAUUAUAAAAUACACUCGCGCACACACAAACACAAACACGCAGACAUGUGGCAUUAAGAUGGACUAAAGAUGUAAAUACAAAUUGACCCUGGCCUGUUUUAAGGUGGUAAAGUGAAAGAGGUACGUUUUUAUGUCUCUGAUGUUACCUGUGACCUGUUGUAAACUCUACACCGAUCAUCUCAUCCACUCCUGUCGUUGGCGUCUUCGCUGUUUUUAACGAUGCAUAUCAGAAAAGAAAAAAAAUCUAUUUAUUGAUGACUUUCCGUGCCAAAUGUUUUUUGUGAGGGUUUUUUCCUUUUCUUCUUUUUUUUUUUUUUGCCAAAUUGUCGAACAAGUUUCUGACAAUCUGUACAUAAUAAAUCUGAAUCUUAA